UUUUGAUAUAUAAUAUCAUAUGAGUAUGGAGGUGAGCCUGAGAAACAUGGGGUUCGAGCCAAACCUGCUCGAGACUCUGCACGACCUACUGGACUUCUCCGACGAACAGAACCAGUCCAGCCACCAUGCGCCUUCGCGCCAGUACGUGCGCGAGGCCAAGGCCAUGGCUGCCACGCCAGCCGACAUCAAGGAGACUCAAAACGCCUAUAUUUUUGUUGUGGACGUGCCCGGGCUGAGGCCGGAUAUGGUCAACGUUCAAGUUGAGGACGACAACGUGCUGGUGGUGAGCGGGGAGAGGAGGAGAGAAAAGGAGAAGGAUCAGGGUAUUAAGUAUUUGAGGCUGGAGAGGAGGCUUGGCAAGUACCUCAAGAAGUUUGUGCUGCCUGAAAAUGCUGAUAUUGAGAAGAUCUCUGCCGAGUGUCAGGACGGGGUAUUGACUGUGAGUGUGGCGAAGAAGCCGCCGCCUGAGCCUAAGAAGCCCAAGACUGUUCAGGUCCAAAUAAGCAGCGGCCAAGGCAGCGGUCAGGGCAAACAAAUCGGCCAAGGCGGUGGUCAGGGUGGCGAAGGAGGACAUGGAGGUGGUCAGGGCGGCGAAGGAGGACAUGGAGGUGAUCAAGGCGGCGGGCAGGGAGGCCAAGGUGGCGGACAAGGGGGCCAACAUGGCAGUCAAGGUGGACAAGGUGGGGGCCAAGACAGGUAA